UUGCGCUGAAUAGAUUGACUUAAGAGGGAUGUCCGUUUUAUUAGGAUGUUUUACUUUGUGGCAACAUGUCAUCGCUGGGAGUUAAAUAGAGGUUGGGUAUCGUUCUGCUUACUGUUCUAGUGUAUUUAUAAAGUUAUGGUAGGUCGACCAACUUGACAAAUUCGCUAAGGGAAAAUGUUCAAGGAUCACCCGUCUCUUACAGGCGUGGAGUAUUAUUAGCAGUUCAUACAGUGCAACUGUCUCUCCGGCAUUCCCCUGUAAACACCAGAGAUGAAAUACUAACUUCAGUUUGUUGGACCAGAUGCUGAAUAAGGAAGAUCAAAUGCCAUAUUUCCAAGACACUCAAAUCCAGAACUAUCAUAAUUCUGUUUCUCAUGUCUGCUGUUCCAUCUCUAAACAACAGUACUCUCAUUAAACAUAGUUAUGCCUCAUACUCCCAAACCACCAAAGAAGGUAUGUCCCCCAAUGAAACAAAAUGUCAGGAAGUUGAAAACACUCACUGAUAAAAGGCAAGCAGUAAAUUCAAGCAAGCUCAAGAGAACAACCACCCACGCUAGGCAAGUGAAGACCAGAAAGUCCACAGCAAAAAAACGGGUAGCCAAGAGGGUCCAGGACAAUUCUGUUAGCAAACCUGCCAAUAAAGCCCUGCAUGGCAGGGCAAGACAAAUUAAGAAUAAAUGUAACAUAAUAGGAUCUGUCAGUCUUAGACACACACGUAGCUGUGCGACCCAGCAUGGCUUGUUUGCAGAUCUUGGUGGCAACAAAAGUAGUCAGAGUGUCCCACAGGAAGUGGAGCUUCCCAGGAGGGAGGUCACAAACAUAAGGAGAGACCAACAGGCUAUGGAACAAGAUACUCUGAACAUCCCAGAACUUGGUGAUCUUGAAAGUGAUGACGAACAAAACAAGGCACUUGGCCCUAAUGGAGAGAUUCUACCCAUUAACAUAAGCUCUGAAGAAACAGUGGUGGAGGAACACAGGGAAUUGCUUGCUCAAAAGGCCAUUCAGCUCGAGAAGGAGAAAGUUGAGGUCUUGUCAGAAAUGGUACAAAGUGAAAACUGCCCAUUGACCACUGAGAGUUCUGAGAAGCAAAGUACAACCAAGUCAGAUGGUGUGUUUGUGAAAGAAUGUGAGCCAGCCACUAAAAUCAAUUUUGUUUGUAAGCCAAAGACCUCAGGACCAACAGAAUCUAUUCUUCCACAGUUGUGUGACAUUGUUUCUCAAAUCACUGUAGUGGGCUCUUCUGAACUAGAUGUGUCUAUGUUGUCUGUUGGAUGUGAAUUUCCCAAAGAAUCAUCAGAACUUGAAUACAUCUCAGAUGCUAGACAGGUUGAGGACAAAGAACGCUGUAGCACCAUGAUCAUGAAGACCAAAGAUGCAGAUGACAAUGAUAACAUAUACAAAUAUAGCAGCCAUAUGCCUGGUCUGGAAAGUGGGCCUCUGACAGGAGCAUCUUUUGAAAGCAAACCUUCCAGCAGCACAGAGAGCACCCAGUCCUCAUUUGAUACUGAGUCAGAGGCUGGGAGUUCAGACCUUGCUCAGGAGAGCAGGGCAACACGUGCUUCUCCACUCCUAGAAGGCAACAAGCAACAGUGUUUAGGCAAAGCUCGGGAGAGAGGGGAGGGGCAAAAAAGGAGGAGGUGUGGACACUGUGAGCCUUGCCUCCGCAAGAUCAACUGUGGCCAGUGCAGCUGCUGCUUGAACCGAAAGACUGGCCAUCAGAUCUGUAAGCUCAGGAAAUGUGUGGAGCUGAAGAAAAGGCCCUCUCUGAUCUCUGCUGACGGGGUGAGGUGCAAGAAUCUCUCUAAACUUCGGAAAAAGGACGUUCCCAAGGCUGAGUCAGAGGGCAUCUCAGUAAAUGGCACUAGUUCAGAGCAGAUGGAAGGGACAUUUGUGGCGCCAGAGGAAGAGGCGUGUGACUUAUCUGGAGUAUAUCCAGCUCCGCCCGACCCAUCUACACCUCUCCACCCUGCACCAGCGCAGAGUGAGCAAGUGCUCUGGCCUGCUGUCAGCAAACAUGCAUUUCUUGCUGACCACAACUCUUUAAGCUCUCACAGUGGUGCUAAACAAUUGAAACCAAACAUGGAGAGACACACAGAUCCCUCUGACUUACAGCCAGAGGCUCAAGGGGCUGUGUACAUGCUCGCCAAAAGCCUGCCCCCCAAGGAACUUCCUGAAAAGAUGGUUCCUCUGAAAAAGAUCAGACUGGAAGAGCCAUGCGUGGCAACAGAUAAACAAAACUCAUUGCACUUAGAUGACAGUGACUACUGUGAAGAUGCUCUAUCUACACUAGCUGUAGUAUGUUCCUCCAUCACUCGUAGGAACAUUUUAGAGGCGGAGUCGUUUGGUCCUCAGGACUCAGAUAUCUGUUCUUUUAAGAAUGAAAGAGUAGAACAACCACAUCAGAGGCUUUUACACCAGGAAUUGACUUCUAACAGUCCAGCAUGUGCUGAGAACCCUACUCAGAAAACCUCAGUUGCACUGGCUUGUCCUAAUGUCCAGGCUCUGUUUGAGCAUAGGAGCAUAAGCAUCGAUCAGGCCAUAGCUAUCGAGGCCUUGACCCAGUUGGCAGUUACCCCAGAAACAUUGCCCUUCAAAACAAAAAAUUAUUGUCAACAAGAAAACAUUCCACUGUUAGACUUUGCAUCAAGCAGGCAUGUACCUCUUCAGGAUGCUAAAUGUGUAUUGGAAGUUCCCUCACAAAGGGUCUCAGUAAUCAGUUCAUCAUUGCAUCAGACUUCUGUUAUUUGUAGUCCUUUGAACAAACAGGACAAUUUCACCCAUCACAGCACAUCCACCCCACACAGGCCCUCUUUGCAAGAUCUCUGGAAGGCUGGUUCAGAAUGUGAAAAGGUCUUGCAUACCCCAGAGGAUGAAAGAUUCAGUCAAGCACUUUGUAAACCAGAUAGGUUAGAUGGCACUUUUAAAAGGUUUAAGCAUAUUGAAAAAACACAGAGCACAAGGAGGAGGGAUGAAGAGGAGGUUGCUGUCCAGCUAUUGCAACUUGCCUUCAUGAUUGAAUCACGACAGAAUCCAGUGUCCUCUGAAAACUGUCCCCCCAUAGGGAUGCCAGUUCAGGCCAUAAAAUACAAUCAUAAUGUGAUUGGACAGCACAUAAAAAAGCAAAAAAGAACAAAAACCACACCUGCAAAUCCCAGGACAUCAAAGAAGAGAGCCGCUGAGAAUGUGGGAAGUAAUCAUAGGAUACCACUAGCUAAGAGGACCCCGAAUGGCAAAGCCCCUCUCAAGACAAAGGGUCAAAGGACAGCCUUGCAGCAAAAGGCAAACCUGCACCCCAGGAAGAGUCUGUUUCUCCCACAGGCUCAAAUCGACCUAAAACAAUGCCUAGGACAUGCUCAUUAUGAGAAAAGGCAGCUUUCCCAUUUCACUAACUCUUAUAAAACAGAGCACUUAGACCAGCAGGGUCUCAUGAGCUCUAACAUCCAGAAAGCUGUACAUUUCAAAACAGAAAUUGCAGCACUGAGUCAUAUUCAUGGUAACCAAGCCCAACCAAACGGACACUGUCAUAGUCUCACAAAUGGUCACCUUGGUGCUACCCAUGGCCAGAGGCAUGAAUGUGAAGAACAUUUGACUUCUCAGGUAUCAAAAACCUACAGUGUGCUAAAUCAUGGUGCUAGGUCACAAGACCUGUCUGCUAUGUCUAACCUUCCCAAUGCGAACACAACACAGAAUCCAGGGAGGUACCAUAAUGUAAACAGUCUGAGCUGUGAGGCACAGCAGGCCAAUCAGAAUGAAUAUUACAAGGUGGAGACGUCUGGCUCUGUCACCAUUUUGUCUACAUCAGCUGAAAAUAUGAAAAAUGGUGACGUGGAAUCCCCUGAAAAAUACACUCCUACCAAGCACACACUCAACAGUUUUUUAGAAUCUCCUUUGAAGUUCUUGGACACACCAACCAAGAAUUUAAUCAACACUCCAUCAAAAAAAACCUUAGACCUCCCCUCUUGUGACUGCAUGGAUCAAAUAACUGAGAAAGAGGAAGGUCCAUUUUACACACACCUUGGAUCUGGGCCAACUGUAGCAUCAAUACGAGAAAUGAUGGAGGACAGGUAUGGGGAGAAGGGCAAAGCAGUGCGCGUGGAAGUAGUAGUAUAUACUGGGAGAGAGGGGCGGAGCUCCCAGGGUUGUCCAAUAGCUAAGUGGGUAAUUCGUCGGGGCAGUGAGGAGGAGAAGCUGCUGUGUCUGGUGCGCCAGCGUGCAGGUCAUUGCUGUCAGAAUGCGGUGGUUGUCAUCCUCAUCCUGGCCUGGGAGGGUAUCCCUCGCAACAUGGCUGACAGGCUUUACGAGGAGCUCACCCAGACCCUCUGCAAAUACGGGUCACCGACCAGCCGUCGCUGUGGCCUUAAUGAGGAUCGUACGUGUGCUUGUCAGGGUCUAAACCCGGAAACCUGUGGCGCCUCCUUCUCAUUUGGCUGCUCAUGGAGUAUGUACUUUAAUGGCUGCAAGUUUGCCCGCAGCAAGGUCCCACGAAAGUUCCGGCUGCUGGGAGACUUCCCUGAGGAGGAGCAGAAUUUAGAAAGCAAUCUACAGAAUCUGGCAACAGAUUUGGCUCCUAUAUAUAAGAGACUUGCCCCUCAGGCCUAUCAAAACCAGGUGGACGAUGAGGAAUCAGGCCGGGACUGUCGACUGGGUAGGAGAGAUGGGCGUCCAUUCUCUGGUGUGACUGCAUGUCUGGACUUCUGUGCUCAUGCCCAUAGGGACACACACAACAUGAGUAAUGGGAGUACUGUGGUAUGCACUUUAACGAAGGAGGAUAACCGUGCAGUAAGAAACAUUCCGGAGGACGAGCAGCUGCACGUCCUCCCUCUCUAUAAGAUCUCAGAGACUGAUGAGUUUGGUCGCGUGGAAGGCCAGUGGGCCAAGAUAGAGAGUGGAGCACUGCAGGUGCUCUCAUCCUUCCCGAGAGAGGUACGUUUACUGGCUGAGCCUGUCAAGUCUGCCCGGAAGAGGAGGCUGGAAGCCAAGAAGGAGCGCAAGAAGCAGAGCAGCCAGGACAAGAAGCAGAGCAACCAGGACAAGAAGCAGGUCACGCCGAGGAAAGUGAAGAAUGAGCACCUGAAAGGUUUCAAAAGCAUUUCCUCUGAGCAUUCACCAUGUUUCAAAAUGGAACUGCAGAAUUACAUUUCACCUAUGCCGGUGACUCCAGAUGUGGGGAGACACUUAACAGACUUACUGGCCCCAUGCAGCCCUUAUAACAGAACAUACUGUAUUCCUCAAGUGAGCUCUAGUCAAGAUACAGCAGCACUUUCUCCAGCCCUUCAUCCCAAUCCGACUACCCCUGAUUAUGGUUAUGCAGGAAAGCUAGCCAGGAGCGACAGACCUCCUCUCCUCCAGCAUGGCCAAGGACUUGAUAUGGUGACAUACUGCUCUCCAGAGCUCUCACAACAGAAACCAUGCAGAAAACAGCAGGGCUUAGAUGGUCCCAUGGGAAUGAAGUCACAGGGUUUCCAUGACUACUGUUCUGCAGUGAAGGCUGAGUCUGAGGAGAUACGUUGCCUCCAGGGUGGAGCUGCACCUAGACCAAUCUCACCACCCCGGGCUGAAGGUCUCCAGAGCCGGCUGAACUUCCACCAAGCAUAUCUGGGCCUGGACGACCACCAUGGGCCUAUGGUGACCCCACGGCCCCUGACCCCUGAAGAAGUUAAAGCUGAGCAGGUGUGGUCAGAUAGUGAGCACAACUUCCUGGAUGGGGACAUAGGUGGCGUAGCGGUGGCCCCAUCUCACGGUUCUGUUCUUAUCGAGUGUGCUCGGCGAGAGCUGCAUGCUACCACUCCCAUCCUGCAGCCCAAUCGCAGUCACCCCACCCGCAUCUCCCUGGUCUUCUACCAACACAAGAGUCUUAAUGCACCUGGCCACGGCCUGCUCCAGUGGGAGGCUAAGAUGGCAGAGAAGGCCCGGGAGAGAGAGUUGGCCGAGCAUUUGAGACUGGAGCCUGGAGCUGUGGCAGCCCUCCACACCACCAAGGCCAAGAGGUCAAAGGUAGCAGAGAAUGUCACGGAAAACAAAGAGGAAGAUGCCUGGCAGGACAAGCAGGAGGAGCUGCAGGUCCCUACUCGCCAGUCACUAACAGUUACCUGCAACGGCAUUAUCACUUCUGCCCCCUAUGUCCUUACCCACGUCACUGGGCCUUAUAACCGCUGGACAUGACAGUGGCCAUGCCACUUUUAGAUAAUGCCUUACCUCAGUCAGCUCGCUGUCUCUGUGAGACCUGUCUGUACAUUGUGCUAUUUUUCAUUUUGCUUUUCAUCUCAGCUUUUAAAAUGAUAUUGACCCGUUUGUCAGAUUUUAAAUGUGAGUUUUGGUGUGUAUACAUGUCUUUUUUCAUCGUAAGAGAUGGUGCUCAAAACAGAUGUUAAUAAUCUGGUUUUAUACAAGAAAAUGGAAUUAGUGCAUAAAAGAUAUGACUAUUUAUUCUGAACAUUUUCACAACUCUUUGUAUUUAAUUUCUGGUCCAAGAGUGUUUACUGCAAUAUGACUGUGUCAAGCUGUGUGUAGUAAACACUCAGAAUUGACAUUGUACAAUGUGAAUUCUGUUGUUUUUUAUUUCUCAACCUUAGGUGCUGUCAUUUCAAAUCUUCAGCAGUUGCUGUUUUAUUGUGCCAUUGUAUCAGUAACAUGGUUUGAAUAACCACAAGAGAUAUAAUUACUCUUUUAAAGUAUGUGUCAGACAGUAGUUUGUUAGAUUUGAAUAAACAUGUAGCAUUGGUUUUAUCACACAGUGAUACAAGUAAUGAAGGUACAUAAAUUCUGGAUAAUGAAAAAUUAUUCCCAUUACACAUGACAUUGUUUGAAAAAAGCACUUUUAAACAACUUGACUUUUGAAAUGUCCUGUAUGCACAGUUUUUAUUAUUAUUAUUAUUAUUAUUAUUAUUAUUAUUAUUAUUUUAUAUAUUUAUAUGUGAGCAACCUCCUUCAUCCAAUGUCUGUAUGCUUUGCAUGUGUGUUUGGAACUCAUCCAUGAUUUUUAGACCAUGUUUAUCAAAGCAAUAAUCAUGGAAGAUUAUAUGCUGCAUUUUGAUAAUGUGUCACAUCUAAACCAUUUAUUUAUUGGAUCUUACAUGAAAGAUAAUAUUACUGGUUUCCCCAUGUUUGAGUUUUUUCAACUCCCAAAGAGUUCGAUACAUGACUUGAAAACAGCUUUUUAAACAUAAUCAGAUAUAUAAUAUUUUAUCAUUCAAGUGUGCUAAAAUAUGUUUGAACAGUUUUACUGUAUGUUUCUCACUGGUGCUUUUUGAAGACCUAUUAUACAUUCUCAUCAAAUUAGAUUUCAUUUUUUAUUGCUGGAGUGUUUUUUUAAUUUUCAAAUAAAUCAUCACGUCUUGCCAUUUGUAUCUUCGGAAAAUGGCUGCAUAUGAUUAAUUUCUAAAUCAGCAUAACUCUUUUUUUGUUUCGUUUUGCUCAAUUGAGUGGCAAGUCCAAUUUCACAUCUAUGUUCAUUUUCUCUGCUGUAUAGAACUGUCUGUGUGUCUGCCAUGCUCUAGUUAAGGACACAAGCCCACUGAUGGUCUUCUAAGAGAUUUAUAUUAGACAUGCAUUGCGUAAAUUUAGAAAAUGCUUGGAUUUUAGGGUCUUUUUACCUUCUGAAGGUGCUAAAGGUGUACUGUGUAAAUCUUCCAUAUUGUGAGCUCACAAAGCGCUUCGUAUUCUAAAAGCACUUCAUGUCAGCUGUGUACAAUCUAAUUUCUUCUUAGUUUCUUUGAGCUCUACGCUGCAUUUUGAUCUUACUGUAAAGGCAGAGAAAGGUCCCGUGAAAACCAAUGUGAGUCAACAUUUUGAGGAAACAUAAUGGAUAUAUUCACUAUAAUGUGUUUUUUUAAUUAGAACUAGUUUUGACUAACAAUGAAAAAAGCACAAAUAAAUGAGGAGCAUCCAUAGUAACAUAAAGCAGUUAUGUCACUCUUUGUGAAGAAGGAACUUCAUGCUGAUAUAAAGAAUUCAGAUCCCUUCAUUAACUAAUUACUUUAAGUUAUUGCUUUGCUGAGUAUAAAUUAUUAUAAGAUGUUCUUUUCACAACAUUGUUUCUUGAUAUUAUAAAGCUCAAUGAUGUGACUUCAGAUUAAACAUUUAAUUACAAUAAUACAUUAUUGCAACUAAUACAG